ACAGUAAACAUGACCGAGGAAAAGACUCGCUAAGACUUAGGCCAUGGAAUAUAGAUUAUGGAAAUGAAAAACCCAAUAAUUUGAAUAAUGGCAGCGAUGUUUGAAGAGAUAAGACCUUCAAUCGAAACUUUGGAAGCGGAUAUCCAGCCAUCCACUGAAACUGUCUGCCCAGUUCAAGGUUGUGACAAAACAUUCAAGAAUUCAUCACAUCUGUGUCUCCACAAAGCUAAAGUCCAUGGAAUUGAAGUGGAUAAGUUAAAGUCUAAAGGCAAGGCUGGAAUACCUUGUCGCUAUCACUGCCCAGUGCUUGGCUGCUACUAUUACAGAGACAGACACUUUGCUAGCUACAAACUCCUCAAAAAGCACUAUGGAAGUAUUCAUGGAGGCAAGAAGUUCACGUGCUCCAAAUGCCAGAAAGCGUUCGGCUUUGACCACGCCAGGAAGCGUCACGAGGGGACCUGUGGUGUGAUAUACAAGUGUGACACAUGUGAUUGUCCCUACACCACGAAGGAAGCUCUAAUCAUGCACUGUAAUCGCAAGCAACAUGAACUACCAGAUGCUGUGAAGGAAACAAUGAGAAAAUUCAAUUCUGAAAAAAAUAAUUCAGUAUAUGUCGGAAACCGAAACCCCCUGACCGCCCAGCAAGUAAAUCUGAUGUCUCCCCAACCCUGUGUGAUCUUUGUGUCUCGGAUGGACCCCCAGGUCAAUACAGCUCCUGGGCCACUCCGCCAGAUUCUGCCGAAACCCAUGAUUAAAACUGUUAUCCCCAUGACAAGAGUUACUGUCAAUUCCAAUAAGAUAUCUGUAGAAAAGUUUGACUUUCCAGCCAAACAGACUGCUGAAAUUCAGACGGACAUCUAUGGUGUCAGUAAUCCCUUAGAACAGAGAGCUGUGGUUAAGAAUCCUUCAAAUUUACAUUUGUCAAAGAAUGUUGCCAUGGCUACCACAGCAACACAGGUUUCACUAGGCAAAUCUCACGUUAUUGUUCCUUCCAAUUCUUCCGUGACAUCAUCGACCGGGAUUCAGACAAAUCUAAGCAUUCUGUCCACAAAGAAACGUCACUGUUCCAUCGCAGAAACCCAGACUCCUGGAGAUUUAAUUCUUAAGUCAGCAAUGGCAAGUGCAGAUAUUCCUUUCCAUGAUCUCAGGGGGAAUGACAAAGGUCAGAGGUCACCAAGGUCAAAGGGUAAAACUCCAAGGCGGCGCAGCCUCAAGACAUCGGAGGUUCAAACACGGGAAACGUUUCCACCACGGAAGAAGAGGAGACGUCGGGAACUCCGGCAGACAGAUGUUGCUGCUGAGUGCAAUACAGACAAUAUUGGCCUCCUGUAUCCCACAGCACCGCCUGCUGCCAGAACAGAGCAAACGUCCACUCAGACCCAGAAGAGUUUCUUGGAAGAGUUUGGUCACUACAGGCAGCAACCAGUAAAGAACUCGGAAUCACAGACAAGCUUGUCCACAUUGUUUAAGAAUAUGAGAGAGAGCUUACUUACGGAAGAGAAUCCAGCCAUUUUGUCAGAUCUUGGAUUAACGUUCAGCGAUGGUCAAGACCAGUCUGUGGUUGAUGCAGAAUGUGGGCCAGGAACAUCUCUGGUUGACUCUGGUUGUAGUCCUGGAAUACCUUUGGUUAAUACCAAUCAUCAGAGAAUGCUGAUGGUUGACACUGGAUGUGGCCCUGGAAUUCCAAUGGUUGACUCUAGUUGUGGAUCAGGAAUGUCCAUGGUUGACAGAGGGUGUGGCUCAGGGUCAUCCAUGGUUGAUGCUAAUUGUGGGACAGAUUCCUUCAGCAGGACUACUCUUCAGUAUCAAGGUAGUGGCACACAGACAAAUACGGACCCAGAUGUAGAUUUUCUCUCUGUUUCAACUCCCUGCUUCCUUGAGCUUCUAGAAGGAGAUGCAUCAUCAACAUCAGGACUCACAUCAGCAGUGUGCUCGGACUCACGUCAGACGAGGUCUCUUGGAUCAAACUCACAGUUCCAGCGAGACAGACUUGGUCAGACAUCUGUCACAGUAGGCACUAAUGGCGAUGAUGAAAGAAGACUCUCAGAGAAUCUGUUGUGUCAGAGGAAUCCUCACAAUGGCAUUCCAUUGAGUCCUCCUAAACACAUAAACUCAAACCGUGCAGAUUCUGAUCCGUACACCUCAUCCUAUUCCUCCUCCACUGCUUUUGGUCGCCAUGACUCCCUGGGUCGAUCCACCAAGGAGGUGGAGUCUUUAAAUGAUUGGAAUCCUUGCUUGGCAUCAACAGCUGCUAAACAUAUCCACACUCAGACCAUGGUGCCAAGGUCUGCUGAUUUCGGUGCCCAGACUCCUGCUGCCCGAUCUCAGACUCUAGACUUUCUCGACUCCCAUGAUAAUCCUCAUAUGGAAGGUCAAGGACCAAUGUUAUCUUCCAGUGCAGGCACGGAUAUGCACACUCAAACAGCAGACGAUCUUCUAGACUUCCUCAUGACAAAUAUGGAGACACAAACAGACGAUCUGUUCAUAUCCGGACUCGGUUUAUCCGAUAUUGAAACUCAGACACCGGCAGAGAAUGAUUCCCUGGAUACCCUAGUGACCACGGAGACUCAGACAAACAUGCAGUCGUUGGUACACGAGGAGAAUGAUCUCACACUCUUCACCGACAUGCAGACUCAGACACAGUUCAAUGUCGUGGAAUUCAGCUCAAAUGAUCUCACAGACUCUCAUACUCAGACAAACUUUGAACUUUUCAGCUUGUGAUAUGUUGGCAAUGUGCAAACAGUUUUGCUAGUUAAUAAGAUUGACGGGUCAACUUUAAAUCUUUACACAACAGUGUUUAACUGUAUGCCUAUACUUGCCAAGAUUGGCCAAAACUGUUUGUGUAAUUGCAGAUACACCAAGAAAAAUGUGAGUACCGUAUUUCCUCUAAUAAGCGACUGGGUGCCCAACCCUUAUUACGCUUACUGGGUGUACCGUAAUUAAUUGUUAGUGAACGCUACAUCAAAGUUGAAGACCAUUUCUAAAUAAAUCCAUUUUUGGAUCAAGGGAGAAUACAUUCAUAAAAAUGUACCCAGUGCUUAUUACAGACCCGACUCUUAUUAAGGUCUCUGCGCUUUCUUAAACUGCCGCUUAGUCCCCGGCGCUUAUUAGAGACCCAGCUCUUAUUAGAAGAAAUGCGGUAUCACUAACUUAUGCCCUGCUUCAGACAACAAUGCAUUUAUUUAUUUAUUUGUUACAUUUCACUGCUGAUGAAAAUUAUUGAAAUGGUUGGAGAGUGGUGACAUUGGGGUUCAAAUCUCAGUCAUAAAAUUACACUGAUCCAAAUCUGUUAUUAUCACAAAUCAUUCAAGUACAUAACCUUUACACGAAUAGACUGUCGGUGAUGAGAGCUUUGUGGCUGUAAUAGACAAAACAGUACAGCUAGCUUGAGUUUGAUUUGCCUCAGGUAACCAAAUCCAUAAGAUUUUCAACAAUACCUAUCAUAUAUGUGCUUUUGCUAUAAUUCUUUAUUAUUUAUUUUCUAUAUAACUUUAGACAGUAGAACAUUUAAUGAAAUGAUGCAAUGUCUGUUUCUUAAAGUUUACUUCAAAUUGUAUACUGAAAUGUUGUUUCUCAAAUAUCCUUAGCUUGUUUAACCAUAGCUCGCGAUAACAGCUCAGAAUAUUCUAGGUAGACAUUUUGAAUUUGUUCGAAUAAUAUUUUAAUUUAAAAAAGAAAGAAUCUUUAGCCAUAAUUAACACAUUACAUUUGUGAUUU